GUGCGUUCAGGCGCGCAGCAGAAGGUGUGCGCACAUGGCGCGCGGACUGUCCCUUUGACUUGGAGACAAGCGUGAAAAAGUGAAUCCAGAACCCCGAUCGGGGGGAGGGGAGGUGUGAUGUCUAACGCCUUCCAGUGCCACGGGAACGCUCGCAGGGCUUCGGUGGUGGCGCGUGGAAAGAGACCACCGGAUCUGGAGCUGUUGGAAAGCGCGUGCGGCGCGCGAGAAGCUGAGACGCCGAGCAAGUUUUUACAGAAAGACAACAUGCCCGAGGAUGUCCAUAGUCCCACAGAAGACGCCCCUGUCCACCACCAUGCAGUCCCUCAUCCCUACUUGUCCCACCCUCGGAUGUCUGUGCGGAUGUCGGUGUACAGCACCGGGAUCCGUCCGGUCCUCACCCGCGCGUACGUCCAAGGACGCGUCUAUAACUUUCUGGAAAGGCCGUCUGGCUGGAAAUGCUUCGCGUAUCACUUCACAGUGUUUCUCAUCGUUCUGGCGUGCCUCAUCCUCAGUGUUCUCUCCACCAUUGACCAAUACCAGGCGCUCGCUCACACGACACUGUUCUGGGUGGAAAUAGUCCUUGUGGUGUUCUUUGGUGUGGAAUAUUUUGUCCGCCUCUGGUCAGCAGGCUGCUGCAGUAAAUACGUCGGUAUCUGGGGUCGACUCCGCUUUGCCAGGAAGCCCAUAUCAAUUAUAGACCUGAUUGUAGUCAUUGCCUCAAUAAUUGUGCUGUCAGUGGGUUCCAAAGGCCAGAUGUUUGCUGCGUCGGCUGUAAGAGGGAUCCGCUUUCUGCAGAUCUUACGUAUGCUCCACGUGGACAGGCAAGGAGGCACCUGGCGUCUCUUGGGUUCUGUCGUUUUCAUCCACCGGCAGGAGCUGAUUACAACUUUAUACAUCGGCUUUCUGAGCCUGAUCUUCUCGUCCUACUUUGUCUACCUGGCAGAGAAAGACGCAGUCGACAGCAGCGGCUCCUCCAACUUUGGAAACUAUGCAGACGCACUGUGGUUUGGGGUGGUGACAGUGACAACCAUUGGUUAUGGAGACAAAGUACCACAGACCUGGAUUGGAAAGACGAUUGCCUCAUGUUUCUCAAUCUUUGCCAUUUCUUUCUUUGCUCUGCCUGCAGGGAUUUUAGGUUCAGGCUUUGCUCUGAAGGUGCAGCAGAAACAACGACAGAAACACUUCAACAGGCAAAUCCCUGCAGCCGCCUGUCUCAUCCAGACAUCAUGGAGGUGUUUUGCAGUAGACAACUUUGAAACUGCCACUCUGAAGAUGUUUCUCAAAAAACGUUACAACAUCCCUGCCUCAUCUCUGCCCACACCCAAACCAAAGAAAUUGGAGGUGAAGAUAAGGAGGAAGCUAAAGAGUUCAGAGAAAGACAACGGUCCAAUAUCUCCUACAAUUCCAAGCAUCACCUACGAUGCUGUGUGUGACAGCGGGAGGGAACUGAGCUCCGAUGUUUACAGCACUGUGAGCACAGAUCGCCAGCAGUCUUGGACAUCUUUGUCUUCUCUUCAGUUCAGCUCACCAUCUCCAGUGAAGAGAAGCCCUGGCCUUUUAGAGGUCCAUUCACCGAGCCCUCUCCACAGAAACUGCAGCUUCGCAGAUGACAUGGAGCUGGAGUUGGAGCGAGACAAUGAGCUGGCGCCUGUCACCACUGUGUCACAAAUGACUGAGUCUCACCGAAGAGCAAUCCGAGUCAUCCAGAGAAUGCGCUUUUUUGUGGCAAAGAGAAAUUUUCAGCAAGCCCGUAAGCCAUAUGAUGUGCGAGAUGUGAUUGAACAAUAUUCCCAGGGGCACCUGAACCUCAUGGUACGCAUCAAGGAGUUGCAGAGAAGACUGGAUCAGUCUUUAGGGAAAAUAACUUUGUUCCAGAGUGGUUCAGACCGAGCCAAAGAUAAAGGCAACAACUCCAUUGGGUCCAGACUCAACCGGAUGGAAGAAAAGAUAGCACACAUGGACCAGACGCUGAACCAUGUUGCAGAAUCUCUUGCCUGUCUGCUGAACCAAAGAGAUCUCAGUAGGGGUGAAGGUGGAGACCGGCCAAAACCACGUCAGGGACGGACCUUUCAUGUUCUCCCCAGCCAGGACAGUCUGCCGAGCUAUGACCAGCUGUCUUCAUCACCCUCUGGUUCCACAUCCUUUACUUUCCCAGUGCUCACUGUCACCCAAACUCAGGAUCAGAGUUCCUGAUCCCCCUCUCCAAAACUCAGC